CCCCACGUGCUCCACAGACGGUGUACGAUCAGUACUUCAUCACGCUGUACAACAUCGUCUACACCUCGCUGCCUGUGCUGGCCAUGGGGGUCUUUGAUCAGGACGUGCCGGAGCAGCGGAGCAUGGAAUACCCCAAGCUGUACGAGCCCGGCCAGCUCAACCUGCUCUUCAACAAGCGUGAGUUCUUCAUCUGCAUCGCCCAGGGCAUCUACACCUCCGUGCUCAUGUUCUUCAUCCCCUACGGCGUCUUCGCCGACGCCACGCGUGACGACGGGGCGCAGCUGGCCGACUAUCAGUCCUUCGCCGUCACCGUCGCCACCUCCCUCGUCAUCGUCGUCAGUGUGCAGAUCGGCUUGGAUACGGGUUUCUGGACGGCCAUCAACCACUUCUUCAUCUGGGGCAGCCUGGCCGCCUACUUCGCCAUUCUCUUCGCCAUGCACAGCGACGGCCUCUUCCAGAUGUUCCCCAAUCAGUUCCGCUUCGUGGGCAACGCACAGAACACGUUGGCGCAGCCCACGGUCUGGCUGACCAUCGCUCUCACCACCGUGGUGUGCAUCAUGCCCGUCGUGGCCUUCCGCUUCCUCAAGC